GACGAUUUAGGGAAAUAUUUGCAUUAUUUUGCAAGUCGCCAAAUUAUUUAUUUUGACAUUUGCUUGUUGCAAUUUCGGUUCCAGGCUUGUUAGUAUAUUUGUUUCAUUAUGGAAAAGGUUGUGCGAAUCAGUCCGUUGUAUUACGUCCAUAUUCAAGAUUUGGUAAGAAAGAAGAUAUUUAGAUAUAAUUAUUAAAAGCAUAAACAUUCAAUAUGGCUGUCUGCUGAGCAACACUGUACUUUAAUUUAUUACUUUGCUCCCAGCAACAGGCCAACAAUUUAUUGUUGCAUAUAUAUAAUUUUAUUGAUGACAAUGAAAUUGAGAAUUCAUGAAAUCAUGCAAUAAUGGCAUCAACAAUUAUUCGCUGAAGGCGAGGUGAUUAUCGGUGAUUAUUCAAGAUAAUUGUUAUUAUUAUAACAGUAUUUCAGUUUAGUAUAAUUUCAUAGGUGAUUAUUUGGGGAAAAAAUUAAAAAUAUGCAUUUCUUCAUCAUUUAAUUGACAAAACGGCUUUGGUCUCCGCCAUUUCGAAAAUCGCUUAGGUGAUUAUCACGUUAUAAUCACCUCAAUAGUGAGCUUAAGCAAGUGACGUUUUUGACAACACUGACGGCAUGAGUAACGUCAGAAGACUGGGUCAAGGGCUGUGAUUGGUGAAAAACGUCAACUUUACUUCCGGUCGAAGUCCGUGUUGUCAAAAACGUCACUUGCUUAAGCUCACUAAUGGCAACCAAUCAGCGUGGAGAAUUUUCAAUAAUCACCUAUGUUCAAUGUAAUCAUGCAAGAUAGCUUGAAAUUCCAGCCAAUCAAUAUUGGUCGGUUUAGUCCAUGCAUGACGAAAACAAAACAUGCUGUGGGGAGGGAGGGGGCACAGGGUGGCUGAGAUCUUGACAAAAUAGGUGCUUGACAAAAGUUUGUAUGUUAUGCUGAAUGUAUUCGACUAAUAUAGACUGUUUUUUAUGCCAAUUUGGCAUGCAGAACAUUUUUUGAGCAAUAGAUUUUUAUUGUAUUUUAGUUGUUUGACUAUGGCAUGCUAUUAAAGGUUCAACAAUGUUGAUUAUUAUAAAUUAUAAAUCGGUGUAAUUAACAACAAACUUUCUACAAUGGUGUGUUCCAAAAAUCAUUGAAAUUUCACACUUAACAUUCUACAGUAUGUAAUUUGUUUGUAAUAUAAGUUCAUUUUCAUACUCAGGUAAUCCAAUUAACAUUUAAUAAAAAUUUCCACCAUGACAAGUGAAAUUGCCACCAGACUCUCUACUUCCACUUCCCUCACAAACAUAGGAAGUAGAGGCCGGCCUGGCUUGUGAGGUUGAAUUGCCACUAGGUAGUAGGUUUGACCGUUUGAACAUAACAGUGGCAUAUUUUUUGGGUUCUGGAAAUUUUACCUAACUCUGGUGGCUGUUGUGGUGGACUGAAUCUGUUAUCAAUCACUAAAUGAAUCUGUUAUCAAUUUUCAAUACAUUUUAGAGUACCAAUGUAACAACACUUGAAGUUGGACCAAAGACAAUAGUCCUUCAAGAUAAUCAUAAACUUAUUACGGGACCAUUACCCUUUGUUGUCAUCCCUCCUGGCCAUUAUUGUGAGAUUAAAGAUCCUGUCAAGUAAAUAUUAAAAAACACUAAAUUUUAUUAUAUCCUCAGGAACAAAUAAUGUGGUUAACAUGGUGCCACUUACUGCUGUUAAGUAAAUAUGUAUUCACAUGGGUUGAGAGUGUGGCUGCCCUGUGCAUGAAUCUUAAUAUGCAAAUAGAGUGAUUUGGUUGUUCUCUCUUGUGCUAGCUUUGAGCUUAGAUUUUUCUCUGGUUUUCUGCCCACACCACAAACUAUCUCAGACAUUAGACAACUACACACUGUGCUUGUAAAUGGCAUAUAGAUACGAAUAAGUUGCAGGGCUUGAAAUAACGUUUCCAAAGUUCCCGAUCAUGGUGAUUGGCAGUCAUGACUUUCCCUACUUUUUCAGGUUGGAAAACCUGCUUUUCUGCCGAUCAUAAGCAAUUUCUUGCCAAUCAGUGUUCGGCUGUUAUUUCAAGCCCUGAAGUUGUGAUAUUCACAUACAGAUCUUCAAAAGAAAAAGGUUAUAGAAUAGGUCUUUCUCCCUUAUCUCUCUCUUGUUCCUUUAAUAAUGAGAGGUGAAUAUCUUGUCUCCUUCCUUAAUCUGGCUUUUAAGUUAUGUCAAUUAAAAUUAUUAUUAGGAAGCCAUGUUCUCCUGGUCAGGAACAUGACUUAAAACAUGGUUAUGUUGAAGUUUGCUUUUAUGGGGUAAGAUGUUACAAUCUGAGUAUUUUUUUAACCCAUUGAGUGCCAGCGCUCUCCCGUUGACGAGUAAAAUUGUCUGGCAAUUACACAGAGUAGAAUAGUACAGUAGAGUACAUUAGGGCACAUUGCAAUUUUAACACUGAUCUCAAGAUUUUACUUGUCAAAGAGAGAGUGCUGGUUUGUCAAUGAUAAACUAAAUAUAUUCUCUUUAUUUUGCUUCUUUUUUAUUGUAAAUUAAAAUUUGUGAACUGUAGGAGCCGUUUCCGCUCUAUCCAGGAGAGUGCUUGGUUGGAGCAGCAGAUGAUGGUAUGAAUAAAGAUAUAAAGUUAAAAUGCAGUUUAAUGAUCUAUCAAAUUAAUUACAAAAAAGUCUAUAGGCCAACUAUAGGAACCUAUAGUUUUUAUAGGCAUUUGGAACAUUUUCUAUAGCUGACCUAUAGGGAUGCCUAUAAGCUUAUAGAGCUCCAUCGCCUCCAUGCAGUGGUGCCUAUAAAUUACUUUGAAUUUGUACUUGAGUGAAAGUAGAAGUAAUUAACAAUAAAACGACUUAGUAAGAGUACAAAGUACUGGAGGCAAAACGUACUUAUUUAUAAGUAAGAAUUACAAAUUAAGUAUCCUUAAAAAAUACUUGAAGUAAAAGUAAAUGUACUACUGUCUGUAGAGAGUGUGUGUGUGUAGGGGGGGGGGGGACUUCUCCAAUGGAUUGGCAUACAAAAAACACAAAACAGCACACGCAUUAUAUGCGUGCACCUAAUAUACAAUAUUUCACAGCAUGGUCUAUUUUCCAGACUCCGUUGAAGAUAUAAAAAAAUUAUUAAAUAAAUAAUGCUUAUAAAUAAGCCCCAAACGAGAGAACCUAGAUGCAUGUAAAGUCAUAUUAUGCAUGUAAAGGUCAUAUAAUAAAUCAGGAAUAAAUCACAUAAAAUUAAACAAAAGUUAUAGAAAGUAACGAAGUACUUCGUCACAAAAUGAAAAUAACUAAGUAAAACGUUACUUCUUAAAACGACUUCGUUCCAAGUAAAAGCACUCCAGAAAAAGUUUACUUCGUUACAUGCUGACUUCUCAAAAAUAGUACUCAAGUACAGUAAUGAAUUAAGUACAUUUACUUCGUUACUCUAUGGGUGCCUAAAGCCUAAAGGCUUCUAUAGGGAAUUGAAACAUUUCCUAUAGGCCACCUAUAGACUUGGCUACCUGAGAAAGAUUACGAAACCAAGAACCACACCUUACAUUUUAUGGUUGGAAUUACAUUCUAUAUAUGUAUAUAAUUGUAGAUUUUAAAGCUGCCAUAAAAAAGCUUCCGUUCGUUCCUGAGCAUAGAGCUAUCAAACUUAAAGCAAUUGUAGAUUGUGAAGUGAAUGGUGUCGAAAGAAAAGCUGGUGAAAUGUGGCAGAUUGAAGGACCAACAACCUAUAUUCCUUCCCCUGAUGUCGUAUGUAUUCAGACAAUUAAAUGUACUUUUUCUUGUGAGUUCUUAAAGUUUAUAUUGGACCAGUUAGGAACAUCGAAAAAUCGAAGCUUCCUUUUUUAGACAACAAUGGGUUAUCGAGAUGCAAUAAUCAUAGCAUAUGGCGAGGCAAUUCGACUGAAAGCCAAGCAGGACUUGGUUGACAAAAGUGAUAGGUAAGAAGUGACGGAAUUUAUACUUAUACUGUUUGAAGGUAACGAUAGAUACAGUACAAGUCUGAUCCAACUAGUUCACUGGAUCCAACCAACAUUCAGGAAGAUAAUUAAGGAAGAAGGUGCUGCCAUUGCUCGAGAAACUGCUGUUCGAUCUAUCUUCAUGGUAAAUUCUUUUGAAGAUUUUUAUCAGUUUCCAUGCUUUGUUGUUGAGGUAUUUCAGCUAAUUAUGUUAAUAUUAGAGAGUUUAAGCUUCGCGUUAUACGUCAAACGGCAAACACCAGGCAAAGGAAAAAUUUUACGGUAUCGGGCAAUAAAGAGUAAAUGAACUUACUGUUUUGACACUGAAAUACAUAAUUAUUCUUUCGACGCAAGAAAGAAAAUAUGAAACGAAAACGUUCAACGAAAAUUUUGCCAAGAAAGUUCGAACCUGAAUCAGUAUAGUGGUGAACCAUGUCACCAAGCUCUUCAAAAGAAGUUACGGAAACAUUAAGUUCUUCAAAAAAGUUACUUUGCAGUUUUAAGAUCCUUUUGUCUAUUUUGCGUCAUAUUCACGUUAAACCGUAGAUCUUCUUACUGACAUUUUCUUCAGUUUGACUGCAAAAACCUCAAAGUGGUAAAUUCAAAAAGCUAGCUAUAUACUGUAGUUUCAAUUUGUGUAAUUUCUUUUUCAACAGGAAGCGAGUCACAGGGGAAGAAUGGCUAGUCCGACAGGUCGGAGCUUAUUUACCUGGAGUGUUUGAGGAGGUAAGUAGCAUAUUGCGCACUCGUAUCAGGGCAAGUUCUAACACAACGAAAAGUGGUGGUUGGUGAUGAAUGUCGCCACGAUGACAUAGAAAGCGGAGUAUCUAGGUAGAUUCAAACUGGAAAUACUGUUUUCGUGUACUAUUAAGUUUAAUUUAUAACCAGAAAACUAAAUGUUGUAGGAAUUGCCAGUUGUAGAGGUAUAAUGCACAUGCCAUUAACUAAUGUGUCGCCAAAUCAAGGGGUGGAAAAAAUAGGCAAGCACUGCUCACAGGAAAUGUUGAACAGCUGCAGGAAAUUUCUUUGAAUGGAGAUUUUCUAUUGCAAAUUCGAAGAAAACCUUAACACCCAUGUCCCACUAUGGGCGCAACAACAUAUGGUUGACAGACAUUAUUCCUUGAAUUUAAAACCAUGGUCAGCUAUAGAACACUAUAUGUUUAUGCACAUGCAGAUUUAGCACAAAAACCCUCCGUUGGUGUGCAGGAAAUUUUUGUCUCCAGGUUGUGCUCCCAGGAAGAAAAUUAUUUUUUCCUGCCCUGGCCAAAUCUCUUUUCCGUAUCAUCCCACCAUAUCACCGACGUUUUAUCUUGGAUAAACUCAGUUGUAGUUGCAUCUAAAUGUCGUUUAGGUGGUCAAGGUAGAAAAUGCUUACACAUUGACGUACGACUCCGGUUUACAUCUCAAGGCAACAAAGAAUUGUGUUGAUGCCUUGGGCAAGAAAAGGUGAUCUUAGACUUUAUUGUGAUUGUUAGUUUCAUAUCAUCAUCGUAGGAGUGAUCAUUAUCACGAUAAUCGUCAGAUAAACAUAGUUACGAUGAUCAUGACAUCACGAUAAUCAUCACCGUCAUCACGAUAGUCAUUACCAUCACGAUAAUCAUCACGAUAAUAAUCGUUAUCACGAUGAUAAUAUUCAACACCACCACCAUGAUGGUCCACACGAGAAACAUUUAGGCGUCUGUGAUGCAACAACUCUUCCUCACUCUCCCAUACUUUUUGAUUUGACAGAGAAGAAAUGUCUGAAUAUUUCAAUUAACAUUAUUUGAGACUCUAAAGCCAGUUCUCCACUUCAACCGGAUCGUAGCGAAGCGUAUUUCUUUGUUUCCUGAGCGUGGAACUAAUGACUUCGACACAAAAGAAAAUGCUACGACACGUUACGUUACGUUACGAUACGGUACGUUACGGUACGUUACGAUACGGUCGAAGUGAAAAACUGGCCUAUAAAAGGCCCAUUUCCACUCAGGAAAAUUUUUCGCAGAAAGAAAAUUUUGUAAAAUGUGAUUGGCCAACACAAAUUUUCCGUCGGAAAAAAAUCUUGAAGUUGAAAAUUUUCAACUUUUAACAAUGAUAUUUUCGGAAAAUUUUCUGUCCGUGGAAAUUUUUCUUUGAGUGGAAAUGAGCCUUAAGAUACGAGACUUUAAGAUAAAAGAGGAAAUUAUUCCCGUGUUUUAGGAGUAUUGGUCAGGAAUGGUUAGUAACCAUAGAUGAUGCUGAAACGUACAUUCCUGACGUUGGUGAGGUAAUAUUAACACCCACAAUUUAAAAACAGCGAUUGCUAUCUGUGAAAUGCCUGAUGAUGACAUUUUUACUUUUAUUACUUUGCACUGAUGAAGAUCCGGGCUUACGGAUCGAAACAUUUCCCAAAUAAAUAUUUUUUUACAAAAACAAAACAAUUAUUCAUCACAUUAGGAAGCACUCCGCGGCAUCCGUAAGACAGUGUUAUCAAGAAAUCAGUACUGUAUUGUUCUUGAUCCUGUGGAUAAACAUGGCGUGAAUCAACUUGGCAAGCGAGAACUGCGUGUUGGUGUCACAAGUUUUUACUUGCAUCCAGGAGAAGCUCUUGAAGCUGGAAUUCAGGAAGCGUAUGUCUUGCAUGAUGAUGAAUCUUUGGUUCUUUCAGCAUUAGAUUAUUAUGAAGACGAUACUUCCGGUAAUUCAUGAUAUGGCAAGCCAUAUUUUUAGUAUUACUCGAUUUGUUCAACUUCCCAAAUAUACAUAAAGUCACAACUCCCCGAUUAGACACCGCCUCUCUAAUAUGGACUGUCCCCUACUUCCCGAUAACAUUCUCCCGUUGCUAUUUAGAAUUAACUUCUAUAUAAAAUAUGGACCUUUGGUUGUCUCCUCCAGACUUGCCUUAUCAUUGAUAAAAAAAAACCCUCUCUACUAUGCACAACUAGUUAUCUCGGCUGUAGAGUCUCAGCCUCUUUAAUUUUUAUUACCGAUCUGAAAAAUGUAAACUAUUGACCAAGUACCACCAUGAGUAUCCGGUUAUUAUCCGGUUAUCAUUUCGACUCUUAGUAUCUGGUAGACUCUUGGGAACGAAGUUGUGGUAGACUAUAUCCGAUACCAUCUGGUAUUCGGCUCAUCCCUAUUACGGAGAUUCGCGUGUAUGUAAUGAUAAGCAUUAUUGACAAAUCCAAUCUAAACUUCUUGUAGAUGAUACCAAAGAAAUCAGCCGAACUCCAGGAGAUCGAUGGAUGAUUCAUGGUCCACGUGACUAUAUUCCUCCAAUCGAAGUAAAGGUUGAAACGAAAAGGUGAUGCAUUAAUUAAAACUAUAUGUUAUCGACUAUACUCAAGUAUUUGUAAUUCUUAAGCCCAGGUUACACUACACAACGAUAACGAUAACUUGUAUACACGCGCUGAUUGGUCAAAAAUUUAUCGUUAUCGUCCGACUGAAAAAAAAAUCGCUCAGGUGAGCGAUUUUAAAAUCGUUAUCGUUAUCGUCUAACGAUAAUUUUAUCAUUUUCGUUGUUGUGUGGACACUAACACAAUUUUUUUCCAAUUAUCGCGUGUUUACAAUUUAUCGUAUCGUUAUCGUUGUGUAGUGUGAUCGGGCCUUUAAUUCUUGUGGUUGUAGAAGCUUCUCCAAACUUUAUUUUUAUAUCUCUUCUCAGGAAAGCCAUCACCUUGUGCGAAAACAGUGGCAUAUAUGUACAAAAUACUCACUCAGGCGAGGUUAGUUACGUUAGUAUACACAGGGAAGAGCCUGGGGACGAUGUUGUGAUAUACAGGGGAGGUGGAUGACAGAUCAGUCAGCCCAGUGAGCUCUAUAUAUAUCUGGAGCAAGAACUACAGUCAUUCGGCCUAUGAGAAAAGUGAAGCCAAGAUGGUGGAAUUGACGAGGAGGCAACGAGUUUAAAAAUUGGGAACGCAGCUAAUGGGGGGAAAAUUCAAGUCCCGGAUAUAAAAUCGUGCUCUCAUUGGCUCGUCACCAAUGGGAACACGAAUAAACAUCUGGGACUUGAAUUUACCCCCCAAUGGUUGUGUUCCCUUUUUUUUACUGAAUUAAGAUUACAAUGCCUCCUCUAGUGUUAUUUAUAAUCUCUAUGCGUGCAACAGCUAUGAAGGUCGUAAACACUUUUUAAAGCAUUUCUCCAACUAAUUCCAGUAACGCUAAUCAAGUUUUCAAUCCGGUUUUCCUCCCUCACCAACAACUAACCCUACCAUAUUUGAACUGUAAUCUUUAAUCAGAAAUGGAUCGUUUGGUCGCAGCCAGAGCUAGUAAGCCUAUCGAAUGGCGUUACUCUAAGUAAAUAUCCCCCGCUCUCCUAAAUCAAUGUUAAAUGGAAUUUUUCAUCAAAUAAGAAGUGUAGAUAAUGCGAAUAUGCGACAUUGAAGUGGGAGAUACGCGUCAAGUUUUAGCUGUUUGUUAGGAUUCUUGCAAAAGUGAAUUUGUCCACAUGAAUUUUGGCCAGGAUUGUAGCUGCAAAAAAUAAUUUCUUAAACCUCCUAAUUUUACUCGUUUUACUUACAGAAACACACACAAUAAUAAAUAUAAAACCGCAUUCUGUCCUUUUUUCAGGUACGUGCAAUUCUUGGCCCUCAAUCGUAUUUAUUGAGCGAGUACGAAGAAUUAUGGUCGAAAGAUCUUUCCGCGGAGGUUGAGAAAUUGCUAAGGUACAAACAAAUAGACAAUAAAUUGACGAAUGUCCACAAUAAUAGACAAAGUUUUAAAUAGAUACUAAUAUUAUAUGAAUAUUAUUUUAGCCUGGGUGGUGGUUAUGGUGACGGUACUGACAUCCGAAAGUUGGCGUAUUUUGAAUCUGCUAUCAACCCAGAUUAUGUUGGUGGGAAAGUAAGUAAAUUCUAACUGUAUUUCAGUAUUGCUAGGUUUCACUAAGCAUUACCUAAGCUGUCUGAUAGUGCUUAGUCAAACCUGUAUAUUAGUGAAACCUGUGAUAAAUAUGUUUCAAUAUAUACCGUUUUUAUAGAGAGAUAAAACGAAGGUGGUCACUUACAAAUGUCCAAAAGGGACCGCAAUACAGGUUAGUUAAUGAAUGAAUGUAUAUAUAAUUUCUGUUUGAAUUCAUUUCCAAUGACAACUUUACACCAAAUAGUUAUAAACAUCGAAGAAAUAAGGAAUGAAUACGAAAAUAAAACAAUCUACAGUUUCAAAAACAGGUUUCUCACUUUGCUCCAUGAUUCUUUAAUUUGUGCUGUUUGUGCAGAUCUUAAAUAUUAACAUAGUUUAAACUUUUAAAAUAUUUUUGAAGGUGUAUAACUACAAGGAAAAUACAGCUCGAGUGAUAUUUGGACCCGACAUGGUAAGUCUGUAGAGCGUCGAAAUAGCCAGAGUGAUACUGUAAUAUCCAAGGUCUUGGCUAGAAGACCGGUGUCCCAGGAAAUUCCCAUAAAUUUGUCUCCCCGGUAGGGGAAACAUAUUUCCUGCGAAAUAUGGCCCCUUCUUCGGAAAUUUGCUCCCACCCCCUCCUUUGGAGGGACUGAACAAUUAGAAGCAGAUUACUCAUGAACGUGAAAUUUAUAUGCAACCAAAUGUAUUAUACUGUUUAGUUUUCGAUUACAAGUGCUAUAUUUAUGAAGGAAAGUGGAAAUUAGUUGGGAUAAGCGUCCAAAAUGAAAUUCCGUACACAGUAUCUGAAAAUACGUGGUAUAAGUCAACACCAUUUGCAUGUUUUAGAUAGUCUAGUGAGUCCAUUCGGUCCGUAUACUUUUGUCUUCAUGUUUGUUUCAAAACUUUGCUAAUGACAAAUUACCGUAUUACCACGGCUUAAACUGAAAAGACAAUAGAAUGUUGGUACUUAGUACAAGUUACAACAUACAGAAUUUGCUGCCUUGGUUUAUCUAUUUAAUUAAUAUGUUCUUCAUAUUUUCUAGGUUAUUCUUGGUCCGCAUGAAAAUUUCAAUGUUUUGAGUUUAAGUGGUAAGAAAAUAAACUGUAGUUAUAUUUAUGCAAAUUUCAAUUAAGGUUAUUUCCCUGUGCAAAAGCCUGACUCCUCCCAGUCGCUCAUCCCGCAUUAAAGCAAUCUCGUCCCAGAGUAUGCCCGUUCGCAGGUUAGGUGCCAGCACCUAACCUGCGAACGGGCCUACUCUGGGUACGAGAUUGGCGUUAGAGCAUAGGCCUUUGCAUAAUAUUGUUCCAACCUGAAAGCGCCUGCCCUUUCGAGAAAAUUUGAAGGACUGUGGUGGAGUCGGUUGCGAAAGCAAGCGCAGGAAUCAUGCAUUUCUUCUUUCCAGUUUAGGUGUAGAGCAUUGUGGCUAGAAAUAAGUGGUUUGUGUUUUUAUCUUUUCAGCUGGCAAACCCAAGAAAGAAGAUGCAUUGAAAAGUAUUCUGCUCAUGCUUGGCCCUGAUUUUAUAACUGAUAUUAUUGAGGUUAGAUUAUCGACAACUUAAUUAACCUAACCUGACUAUCAGGCCUUCAUUUUCUUUUAGGGGAAGGAAAGGGAAACGGUAAGAAGGGAACGGAGAAGGGAUAAAGGGGGAUAACCAGGAAAUAAAUCCUGAUACUCUGGUUACAAGUUACCGAGAUAUCAAUCUUGCCAUAAUCCUUUUCGGGAAUUAAAUUUGUACUGGUUUAUACUAGAUAGCUCUAUUAAGUUCUAAACUUCCCUCCCUAAUGAGGUCCAGUUAGGAUCACCCGUUGGGACAGGUUAUUCGAAAUCUCCACCUAUCGAAAUUUGGGGCUGCGAGCAUGGUACAGGUAACUGGAUAUGGCAGGAAUUGAAUCCAGGUCGCUCAAGGCAUAUUCGCUACAGCAAACGAAUUUCUGUAUAGACUGUUCGCAGGCUACAAACCACUAUAUAUGCCAACAAAUUUUAGCAUUCUUGUUUUGCUAUUUUAAUUCUAGUUUGCUUGCCAAUGAGUUUAGCACUGCGGGGAAAUGCCACGCAGACCAUUUUAAUCGGCAAGGGAAAGGGAGAGCUCCUUAAAAGAGUGAUUUCAAUUUAAAAACGAGAAGUGAUGGAAGGUCUCUUCUUUCCAAGAAAGAAGUUUGAAUUUACGGUUGUGUUUCUUGCCAGGUCGAGACGUCCGAUCAUGCCAGGCUGAGAAUCAAACUUGGCAUGAACAAUCAUUUUGAGGUGGAUGUAAACGACCCAGAGUCAAGAAGAGCGAUCUUCUCAAUAUCAGAUUUCAUUGGAUACGCUUGCAGAAAUAUUGGUAAAUGCAGAUAAUAGACAAUUAUCAUUGAUGCUAAGCAAAACGUACUGAAAUUCACACAUCAUUUUCUCUUUGACGUACCAUCUAAAAUCUCUCCAUUUUAGCAUAAUUUUACAGAGAAAGCACUAAAUAUUCUUCAAUACUCACGCUAUAUGCACCCUGUCGAUCAUAUUUCACGCAUCUUUGCGUUCAGUUUGGUGCUGAGGCGUUCGGAUUAUAGCAGUGCGUUGUUUCAGUGGUUUUGGGUUUUUUGGGACACCCUGUACAUGCAGAAAACUGUGACUUUAAUUAAAAGGUCUAUGUUAGGAAGAGGAGGGGCACCAUGCAUGCAAUGGACUUUACGUCCAGUUUGUGCCUUGUCCGUUUGAGUACAGCUCUUUUAAUUGUAUGUUUAGAUGAAUAUUUGUUGAAUUAAUUUGUACUCAAUAAAGUUUAACAAACAAAUAAGUUUCUUUGUCGCUUGAGAAACAUAUCAAAAAUAAAAAAGUGAGCAUAGUCAUAAGUUUUGAGCGCGUCGGUUACGUAACAUACGAAAGAUUCUCCUCUUAAUGAAAUCAAGAGAUGUAGUUACCGAAAGCCAUAGCUGUCUUAAGUACUUCAGCAGUUGGCAACCAUCUGUUAAUUAUAUCAGUGUAAUUAUACUUUUUACUCACAUGCUUAUGUUUAAUACAGAUCUUAUCUUGCAGCCAGUCGAAUUAGAGGUAUGGUUGCACAGACACCGUUUGACCAAUUCCACAGGUAUUCCAACAGUAUCAUACGUAAAGCUGUAUUUGAUGUCGAUAAAGACGGCAAAGUAAACAAGAUGUUAAAGUUUGAUUCCAAUCAACUUGUAAGUGUACAAAUUUAUUUUCGAACGCGGCGAGUAUAGUCUGUUUUAUCGGUUAUAAACGUGCCACAGAAGGAUGUGCCUGGCUAUGAAAGCGGGACCGCUGUGUAACUCGCGGGACACACCGUAAACGUUCAACCACUCACAACAACUGUUUUAAGCCACAUAACGUGGAAUUAUGGAUUAAUUUAAUAAACCUUAUCUUUGGAGGGGGCUAAUAGCCCCUUUUUUCUUUUUUCCUUCUUUUUUAAAUUUGGUGAUGGUGGGUGUUGGCGCCCUCCCCCCACCUAUGGUUACAAACUAUAUAAUGUUGCUUCAGUAGUAAUGUGGAGCUGUAAUAUGUUUUCAGGUUAUAACUCAAAUUGAUGUUCAAAGUAUAGAACCAGUUGAUGAAAAUAUGAGAAACAGUUUGAUGAGAUCUGUUCAGAUGGCCAUUGAAAUAUCUACCAUGUAAGUAAUUUUUAGAUCACUGUCGUCUUGGGAAAUUCACAAGGGGUCCGAAGGCAAACCUCGCCUAACAAUAAUUUCCUGCAUAUAUUAGCAUGAUAAUGGUGGUUAUAUAAUAGAUUCUAAGGAAACUAAACAAGACAACAGAUUCCCUCGAGUUUUCCAUAUGAUUUCAAAUUGAUUGAUUGCGACUACCAAUUAGCUAUUCCUAAAGGCUUUACCCUCAGUCUGCUCUGAUUUAAUUAAGGCAGACUUUUUCUAACUGUUGAAAGACAGUAGAAAGGAAAAUAAGAUGAUUUUUAUAUCAAAUCACAUUCCAGGUCCACUGAAAAAGCGGCAGAUCACGAAGCCAAACGUCAGGAACAAAUUGCAAAAGGAUUGUUAGAAAGGCAAAAGCUCCUGAAUAAAAGGGAAGCGGAAGAGUCACGGAAAACCUUGGCGGAGUUGAAAGCUGUCACAGCUGCGGUCGAGUCCACUGGACAAAGCAAAGCAGAGGCACAGGUAGAGGACUAGAUAAUUAAAUUGAAGUAGAUUUUAAAUCAGUAAACUCAAAUUUAACUGCAACGAUAACGCCUAGUCAUUUGGCCCUAUGCAAAAUUUUUACUGUGAUCACAGAAACUUUAAUAGUGCACUACUACAGGCUUAGGGACCGGUCAUAAAGUAAAAGGAAGUGGGUGGGCUGGGAAAAAUAGGGGGGUGGGUCACUAUUUUUGAGCACGGUUGAAGGGGUGGGUCAUCGAAAGUUAAGCGCAAUCAUAAGGGUGGGCCAUGUAAAAAUAUGCAGAAGAUUGGGCCCCAGUCAUUUUUUUGUGUUAAAAAUUUCCGCGCAAAGAACAAGUUUUCUGGGUUUUUUGGGCUAAGUACCGAAAUUUGGUAUGAAAAAUUAAGAUAAAGUCCUUGGAAAGCAAUUGCUACAUAAAAUUUUUUUACCUAAAAAAAUUGGAAAAGGCGUGGGUCAUAAUUUUUCAGCACCAAUUUAAGGGUGAGCUACAAAUUUUCGUGCAGAUAUUAAGGGGUGGGCUACCAAAAGUGCAGACACCAAAUAUAUGAUUUUCCCAGCGCACCCCUUUUACUUUAUGAUCGGUCCCUUAUGAGUAUAUGACAUGUAUAUAUAAAUACUCCUCAUUGUUUCAGGCGAAAGCAGACAAACUUCUUAUACAAGGAGAAUCUGCUAUUGAAGGUACGAGAAUCAAUGACUGCCAUAGUUUCCAUUGCCAUAAGACCGAUUUACAAUCUAACGAAACUUGUCUUAUACGAUACUCUUAUUCAUACUUUAAUUUUUUCCAUUUUGUUUUAGUUGCUAAAUUGAAGGCUGAAGCAUCUGCAAUUGAAUUUGAGGCAGAAUGUGAUACUGCACAAAAGGUAAAGACGGAAAUUUAACAUUGCUCCGUUCAUAAAAUGAUAGCGUUUCAUUUUCACAUUUCGUUUGCUUCGUCCUGACAUUGUCUUGAUAUGUGUUGUAGAAAAAAGAUAUGGACAUAAAAUUUCAAAGAGAAAGAGAUGAACUUGAAAUCAAGAAGAGUAAAUUAUUAGCAGCCAUUGAAGUAAGUACAUAAACGCAGGAUGAUUCAUAUACAGGCCGUUAUAUUUCAAACAUGUAGCCUUUCUCACGCCGCCAUUUUUGGGUGGCAUUUCAGCUCAAGUCUGUGCGAUAAGUCCACAUAACAGCGACUUUUUAUAAUUUUUUGGACGAAUGAUGGUAAAUUUGCUUUGUAAAUGGUAGUUUAUUUUGAAAAAUUGCUUUGGACAUUGUUUUAAUUGUCUGCAUUGGAUAAUGAAAAUUUGAUGCCACCCAAAAAUGGCGGAUAUUCGUCAUCGUGAGAAAGGCUAAUUGGCCAUUCCGAAGUUGAUGAGUGGACUGGGCACGAGUGUUAAAAAGUGCCCAAAUUAAGAAAUGAAUCAAAUUACUAAAAAGACUACCUCAAAAUUGGUAAGUAUACAAAGUUUGAAGACGUUUACAUGAAUACCCUUCGAAUAAUAAGCUUUCGAAAAUCGUGAUAUUUACUAUGAAAUAUACUGUAAUUUUUGUUUUGGGGGACGCGCGUUCCAAAAGCAAUCUUUUAAUAAGUAAUUUCACAAUUUUCGAAAGCUUAUUAUUCGAAGGGUAUUCAUGUAAACGUCUUCAAACUUUGUAUACUUACUAAUUUUGAGGUGGUCUUUUUAGUGAUGUGGUUCAUUUCUUAAUUGGGCACUUUUUCAACUCUUAAUUUGGGCACUUCAUCAAUUUCGGAAUGGCUAAUAGGUUUGGUCAGAAGGGCUUUGUUCAGAAGGAUAAUGUAAACUAUUACCCUUAGGAAAAUUUCCUAUAGGAGAAAUUCCUAUAAGAAUUUGGGACAAAAUUCCUAUAGGAAUUUUUCCUACAGAAAUUCCUAUAGGAAUUCCUACGUAUGUCUAAAGGAGUCUCGUAUUUUAUCUUACAGUCUUCAAAAGUGACAUCCAUCAUAAGUGCAAUAGGACAAAAGACACUGGAAGAGAUUGCCGCUGAAGGCCCAGAAUGUCAGGUACGGACACCAUUUAAAAUUUUUCUUUGCAAAUAAUGAGGUUGAACUGGUGCUCCCAAUGGCUUUGAAACGUGGGGCAUGCUAUAAUUAAUGAACUGCUAUGGUUUGUGUCUGAACUACCUGAAAAAAUAUCUCAAAGUGGAGGUCCAGUGUAGGUAGUGUUCUACAAUAAGCUCUCGUGAUUUGUAUAUCUGAACCCUCUGAAAAGUAUAUCUCAAACGUGGAGGUCCAGUGUGGGUAGUGUUCUACAGUACAAUAAGCUGUCGAACUGAACCCUCUGAAAAGUAUAUCUCAAACGUGGAGGUCCAGUGUGGGCACUUUUCUACAAUGAACUGACGUGGUUGUGUUUGAACUAACUGACCUGACCGCGUAGCUCAGUUGGCAGAGCGUUGGGCUAGUCAUGGGCGUACCGGGCGGGGGGGGGGCGGUAGUCCCCCCAGUUUGUUGGGCAGUCGGGCAAUAUUCGCUGAACAGUCGGGCAAUUUUGGUUAAUUAAAAAAAUAAAUGGGACAAAUCCUGUAAAUUUUGUGGACAAUUUUGUGAUGUUUCCAAAAUUUUUGUAGGUUCCGGAAAAUUUUGGUAUGUCCGGAAAAAAUUUUUGACCCCUAAAAUGGUACACUGACCGAAAUUUUUUUGGCGACGGGGGGGGGAGGUGGGGGGGAGGUCGUCAAAACAAAUUCCGGAAAAAAUUUUUUCGGUACUUGUCGGGCAAAAUCCGGAAAAGUCGGGCAAAUUUCUUGCCGCCCCCCCUAAAUUUUUCCUUCCGGUACGCCCAUGGGGCUAGUAUUAAGUCGUAGGUUGGAUUCCCACCGUGGCCAGGCAUAUUUUUCAAGCCUGCCCAGUGUGGAUAUACGCAUCUUAUUCACCUGAGAACAUUACACCAACACAGCAAUUUUCAUGAUUAUUACAUUACACUGAUAUCGAAGGAACUAGACUCAGUUCCGAAAUAUCGCAUACUCGAACCGACCUGACCGCGUAGCUCAGUUGGCAGAGCGUUGGGCUAGUAUUCCAAAGGUCGUAGGUUCGAUUCCCACCGUGGCCAGGCAUAUUUUUCAAGCCUGCCUGGUGUGGAUAUACACUCAGAGUAACAUCACACAAGUAACUAAAGAAGAUUAAUAAAAUCAAUUCGACGUAUCGAGCAAAAGCCUAGGCUCGAUUACCAGCCGUGGCCUCAUGCCGGCUGGUAAUCGACCUAGCAAAAACCCUUCGUCUGAAAUUUGUAGCCAAUGGCAAAUAUUGUCGGACCGACGUCAGAACGACUUUCCAUAAAUUUUAAAACAAUGUACAUGACUUCAUCGAACCACGUAUUAAACUAAAAUCGGUCCUGGCAAUGUGUAAGCGUUCUUGUGUCCCACUUUGAUCAUGGAAGAUCAGUACAUCAUGCAAAUAACCAACCUCGUGCCCAAGCUUCCCCAGCUCAUGGUACGAGAUUGCAGUCUGGCGAGGGCCUGGGCUCGAGGAAUAACUUCAAAGAACCUAAACUUGCAGCCAGUUAUAAAGUUGCCGUCAAAGGCACAGUUCAGCUUUUUGAAUGAUGGUUUUUAAGCCGCAUUUCAGUCCUUUUAAUUAGCACCUCUCACGCCGCCAUUUUUGGGUGGCUUUUCAGCCGAAGUCUGCGAUAACUCCACACAACGGCGACUUUCUAUAAUUUUUUGGACGAAUAAUGAUAAAUUUGCUUUGUGAAUGGUUAGUUUAUUUUGAAAAAUUGCUUUUCAUAUGGUCAACGAGAAUUAAAUGCCACCCAAAAAUGGCGGAUAUUCGUCAUCGUGAGAAAGGCUAAUUGAAAAAUCUAACUAUGAAAAUCAAUCAAGCAUAAUUCAAGAUCAGCAAACUUAAUGUUUUUAACAUUUUAAAACAUUUUUAUUGUUAAAAACAUUGAGUUUACUGAUCUUGAAUUACGCAUAAUUGAUUUUCCUAGUUAGUUUUUUCAAUUAAAGGGACUGAAAUGCGCCUUAAAAACCAUCAUUCAAAAGGCUGAACUGUGCCUUUAAACGAAAGUGCUAGACUUUUCGAAGUCUUUCCUCUCGGUGUUUACUUGCUGUUCAUUUCUUGCUGUUCAUUUCUUGCCUUCUUAUGUUGAACAGGCUAAGAUGUUGAAAGGUCUUGGUAUAACGAAUGUUGUAAUCACAGAUGGGACUACACCAAUCAAUAUGCUAUCAAGACCUGAUCAAUGCCUCUACUGAUGUAAUCAAUAUAAUCAUAGUGUUCGAAGUAAGUAAAUUAUAGGAAUUUGCACUGUAAAGCUGGCUGAAAAAAUCCACUGUUGAAGUAAUAUCAUACAACAAAAUUUCAGGAAUGUACAACAAAAUUUCAGGAACGUGCAACAAAAUCUGAUUUCAGUACAUGUUAGUUAAAAAUGUUUACCAAUGUUGUCUUGUGUUUUGUAACUUACAUGCGACCAUUUUUUUGUUAACAUGCAUUGAAAUAAACUUUUGUUGCAGGUGCAACAAUUUUGUUGCUUGUAAUUACUUCAGCAAACCAGACAAAUUUAAUUUUCUCCAUCACCUUAAGAUUGCUCCAUUGAUUUUGAAAAUUAUUUUACCAAAUAAUACUAAUUUAAAAAGCAUACACCACACACAUAUUUCAGGAUAAAACCUUUAAAUACAAUUGUAUAAUAGACAAUUGCGUCAAAAUAUACUAAUUACAAAGGGUCGCCACUCGUAGAAAGAACUGAUUCGCAAACUACAUGACCAGGCCAAUUGGGAAAAUAAAAAGCUAAUAAAACAGUAAAUACAUUAAAAAUUUUUACCUAUAGGCACAAAAGUAGUUGCACUAUAGACAUAGUUAAUAUAUUGUAAAAUGGCACCAGUUCUUUUUUUUUGGAGUAGCCGAUCCUUUAAUUGACUAUAUAAAUUAGAAUUCACAUGAUAUAUCAUAAAUAAUGUUGAGAACAUGCAAACAUUUUGGACAAACAUUACUGCUGAAUAUACUAUAACUAACUAAAAUAGACAUAAUAAAAGUGUCUAACUAAUGCACUAAAUGUUCUGAGUACAACCAACAUGUUGGCUUAAUCUAACUAGGUACAGAGUGUCUACACAUGGAGAUUUAAAACUUGUAUGUUGUAGAGGGGGUUCAAACUACUCCAGGUUGGGGAACCUCGGUUAGGUGUGUUUACACUUCAAACACUAACUUGAGUUAAAGUUAGCCUGGGAAAUCCACAGCUUUAAAGAAGCUUUUGAAGUGUGAAACAACAUGGUAUGUAAAAAGCAUGUGUAAACUUCACUCUGGUGUCAUAGUAUUUAUAAAAUAAAAUUGAACAGUUUAUAAACUGCUAUCGUCAACAUCCUUUCACAAACCAUAUUCAUUUACCUAUUAAGAAUGCCCUAAUAAUUUUUUGUUAUCUAUAUAUUACUAAUUUUAAAAACAUUUUUUGGCCAAAACACAAAUCAUGCACAACUGUAUAAAAUAAAUAUGGUUUGCACAUUAAGCUAGAUAAUAAUUUUUUGUAAUAAAUAAAUGUUUUAUUGCUCCGUUGCUUUAUGUUUUCUACUUUGUAAAAGAAAACCAAAACAAUUUUAGGUUGCUCAAGGCCCCGUAUAGACUCCCAAAAGAUGUCUUCCAGGACAAACUUAGGGCAAACGUGUUUCAAACAUUGACUGCACAUAUGCAAGAGAAUUAUAUCUAAAUAUCAUUUUCCAAGAAACUAGUUAGAUUUUAACAUCAGUCUAUGGAUCCAAAGAUCCUAUGCAGAUAUGCAUACCUGUUUGAGAAUGUACCAAUGAUGUAAUCUGAGGUACAAGUUAUUUUCUCUUAAAACUUUUAUUGUAUUAUUAUACUAAACAUUGAUGUAUAGUCAACAUUUGAAACUUGCUACAUGAAAUGCUGCUACACUUGUUGAUCUUUUUAAACAGUGUGUAUUACAAUGCGAUUUGAGGCUUUUUUCCAGCUAAGCAUAGUUUUAGUCUGCUUGUACCUGUUACGUUUAGCCUAACGAAAGACAUUCUGUGGUUCUAGUUUCAUAUCCUAAAAAAAUUAGGGUUGGUAGGUUUUUGAUUCUUUUUUGCCAUCAGUGUGAUCAGUUGGUAUUAUCAACAAUUCAAGAAGCCCUACAUCUAACUGUGCAAACGGACACCGUAUCAUAAAUCCAGUAACAAAAAUAUGGUCAGCAGGUAAGCAAGCAACCUCAACCAUAUCCAAAAAGCAUUAGAGUCAGCAUGAAAAAAGAGGGUCGGUCAGGAAACUAGCACCACAGGAUAUUUUCUUAGACCUUAUUGUUCCCAAUAUGAAGGCCAUAUGGACAAUUAGCCAUCCAUAUUCACACAAAGGAGUAUUCAGACAAUUAUUUGAAUCAAGUGACAGUAAGCUGAUACUGUACUAGAGCAAUCUUCAAUGUUUAGCUUUCAUCAGCUUUCUUUGCUUGACCAGACAUGAAUUUGUAUCAUAAAUGACAUGAAUGCUUUUCUUGUAUGAUUUUAUGAAGUAUGUUUUUGCAAUUAGCAUGUACACUGAAGAUCUAGUUAGUGUUUUUAAAUUCUAGAAGUACAAUACAUCUACACAAUGUUAAAAUGCUUGAUAAUUUCUAGUCCAUGAAAUAUAUCCGCCUGUUUAUAUAUGUGGGUUGAAAAACAGGCCUGAUCAAGCAUGGUCUGGCGAGAACGCGACGACAUUGUUACCCUAGCCUGGGUCACAUAAUACAUUUUUAAAUUUCGGUUGCCAAAGACUACUGGUUAUAUUUGCAGGAUUUGAAAAACCAGUAACCUCCUAGCUACAAAUAUCAAAUUUCAAGCAGGCUAAUUCUUGAACUGAACUUUGAUCAUACUUGGAUAAAACAAUGCGAAAAUGAGCAAAGUUCAUAGGGUUUUUUUUGGAAACAAAUCAAUUAUACCAUUUCACAUGACCAUGUUAUCUUUGGGUGUUUGUUCUAGUCAAAAACCAUUACAAGACCACACAAAACCAUAAAUCAUGGUGAUUGCUUGACCAUUGGACUAAAUACAUACUUUACUAUUUCAAGAUUUGCAAGUCAAAUAAAUGUUACCAAGCAAGUCAUGAAAUAUUGUGGCAACAGGUCAAAUCUAGAAUCAACUGCAGUUGAUUAAAUUACUUAAGAGGUAUGUUAGGAAUGUUCCCCUAAGACAAGGGAACAAAGCAGUAAUCUACCACAACAGUGCAAGCUAUGCAAACUAUGAUAAAAAUAAUCAGUCUGGGAACUUAAAAUAGCCUCUUAUUUGCCAAAGAAUUAAGUACUAUGUUUUUGUCUACAAUGUAGCAACAUUUCAUUAUUACAAUUGCCCGCAGGUGUCGGCAUGAGACAAAAUAUCUUUUCUAAAUCAAAACGGAAAUAAAAGUAUGCCAAACAAAGGUGUCAAAAGCUCGCAAAUAUUUCCGAUAUAUAACUAUCGGUCGUCUUUCCUAAUUUAACAAUAUAAAACAAAAAAAUUACACUAAAAUCUGCACAAUAAAAGCACAGCACAAGUCAAAGUGUGCGUGUCGCGGCAGAUUUGCAACAUUCUAACACCGUAGGGGCAAAAACUUUGAAAUCAACAAUAGCGCAUACCUUGCGUGUUUUUACCAACUAAACUCGAUAGCCUUGUCCGAUGUUAAUAUUGUCCUGUUCUGCGCUUUUCACUGCGUUUGUUUCAACAAUAGGCGAAACGCGUUCAUUGUUAUUUGACUCGUUGCUUUUGAUAACAGACGUUUGCACGUGCGAGUUGCCGUAAGUCGGAGAAUGUCUCGCAGAAUUAGGGGGAGAAGCUGGUAUUUCGGAUGGCUCUGUUUUAAUAUUGAUAAUCCCAUUUGCAUUACUGUUUUCAAUUGCGACUGUCUGUGUAAUAGGUUGCGUUAUUACCCGCACGACUUCGUUGGGAUAACUUGUUGUCACGUUACCGUUUGUUGUUGUCACAGGAGCUUGUUGCACAACUGCAUUCUGACCGUUUGUUGUGUUGGGCCUGAUAAUUACACUGCCACCUUGCACAAAUACAUAUGGAGUAUUUAUAUUGUUCUUUCCAGAGCCGGGGACCUGAGUUAUAAUUGUGGAGGUCGCUUGAUUAGUAUGUUUGAGGACAGUGACAUUAGAAUACUGCUGUUCUUGCCAUGGGCUAGGAAGGCCACCUUGAGAUAUGUUAGUGUAUUGACCAUAGGGCCGUUUCAUCCCCCUUUGCCUUCGUUUUGGUUUAUAUUUAUAGCCAGGAUUAUCUCGUUUGUGUUGCUUGUCCAACUUGGCUGCCUGUUCAACAUACGGUUGCUUCUUUUCAGCAGGCAACAUGCGCCACAGUUUACCAAGCAUCUUACUUAACUCUGCAUUAUGAACAUGAGGGUACUGCUCCGCUAGUUGUCUUCGCAUUGAUUGCGCCCAGAUCAUAAAACUAUUCAUAGGUCUUUUAAUAUGGCCUUCUUUACCGUUGUCUAUCGCAAAUUGCUUCGCGAGUGCCUCGUGGCGGCCAUUAUUGUCUUUCGCCAACUCUGCCCUUGCGAUUGCUUCCAUAUCGAAAGUAGCCGGCCAUUUCGUUUUACUUUCGUCAUCAGAAGUAGCUUGUCCUUCUUUCCCGACAUCGUUAAUGUGUUCUCCUUUCCCGCCUUCGCUUGAGACGUUCGCUUGUGGCCCGACGCCAUUGCUAUGUUUGGUAAGCUCUGCUCGUGCGAUUGCAUCCAUGUCCAAAUUCGCUUGCCACACUUUGUUUUCGCCGUCAGUUGCCGAAAGAGGUUUCCCCCCUUUCCCGACGUUGUCUUGUACAAUUCCCAAUGAAGAAAUGUCUGGUUUUACAUCGAAUUCUGUAGCCAUGAUGUUGUCUCUCUCGUUAACAAAGCGACGACUAUUGUUCUUAGCCAAAGUAAAAGCUAUUGUUUUCAAAGUCACGUGGCAAAAGCGUCCCUUCAGGGCUUUUGUCAGAUGAUACGAUAUGUAUUUAAUGAACUAUUUCCUUUUGCCUCUAUUGCUACCGCUUUCACUAUAAAAAACUUUCCCUAAAUAGCCAUUCCCCUCGUGGCAAGAAGACUUGAUUCAGCUAGACAGCAAGCGGUUGAGCAGCGGAAAUAAUGGCA